GAAAGAGACAAAGCAGAGUGUUCCCUGUGCUCAGUGGUGAUGAGUGGAAGUUAAGGACGUCUCUCUCUAAAUCAAUGUGUCAGUCAAAGUGAACACUUAACAGUGAGCAGCUGGAGGAUCAUUUGGACAGAGACUCCAGCAGGACAUGCAGACACAUGCUGGGACACGCGGACUGAACUUAAACUGCACUUAAAGACACUUAAAGACACUUUAGGACACGAGGACACAAAAUGAGACUGUCACCCAUCAUCCCAUGACAGGAGACACGCCGGGGGACAGACAACAAGAAAGAGGGACAGAAUAGAGCAGAAAGGACAGUGGUGGAUCGGUGAUGACUUUCACUUCAGGGACGACAACAUCCAACCUGCCUGGAGAGAGAUUAAAGGGAUAAAGCAAAGAGAAAAAAAGGAAAAGAGCCGGGAACAUCAGCACACUAUCUGCACAGAAACACAUCUCAGAGAGCCAUGACUGUCCUCACUUUAAAGCGCUUUCUUCUGGCCCUGCUGACCAUCACCCUAUCCAGACCCGACUCCGCUUCACUUGGGUUCGCUGAGGAGUUCGAAAGCCGAGAUGACAUUCUCGAAAGCGAGUUCAUGUACGCCAGUCGGCCCAAACGCUCCCCUGACCCUCCGAGCACCUCGGACCCUGACAAAUGCUCUUACACUUUCAUAGUGCCUCAGCGCAAAACCACAGGCGCAAUCUGCGUCAACUCUAAAGAGCCGGAAGACCUGCUGGAGAACCGCGUGAACAAGCAGGAGCUGGAACUGCUGAACGGAGAGCUGCACAAGCAGCGGCGGCAGAUCGAAACGCUGCAGCAGCUGGUGGAGGUGGACGGCGGCGUGGUCAACGAAGUCAAGCUGCUUCGUAAGGAGUCGCGCAACAUGAACGCACGGGUCACGCAGCUCUACAUGCAGCUGCUGCACGAGAUCAUCCGAAAGAGAGACAAUGCACUUGAGGUUUCUCAGCUGGAGAACCGCGUGCUGAAUCACACGUCGGAGAUGCAGCAGCUGACGGCACGCUAUCGGGAUCUGGAGCACAAAUAUCAGCACCUUGCAUCGCUUGCGAGCAAUCAAAGCGCGCUUAUAGUGCAGCUAGAAGAACAGUGCAGGAGAGGAGGCUUUGUUGGUGGUGGUGUUGGUGGUGGUGUUGGUGUUGGUAUUGGUGGUGGUGGUGGUGGUGGUGGAGGUGGAGGUGGAGGUGGUGUUGUACGACAAACGCGACCUUACCAGCCGCCUGCAAUCCUCCCCCAGCCACCGCAGCCUCCACAACAUCGCCAACCACCUCCACCGCCGGUCCACCAUUCCCCCGCCAGGCCUUUCCACCCACCGACCUACACCCGCAACAACAACAACCAGAUCACCAACGAAAUCCAGAGCGACCAAAACGUCAAAGCAAUGCCACCGACUUUACCGACGGUGGCCUCUGAAACACACAGCUACUCAACAGAUAAACCCUCAGGGCCAUUUAAAGACUGUUUACAGGCUCUAGAGGAAGGACACGCCAACAGCGGCAUGUAUCUGGUGAAGCCGGAAAACACCAACAAGCUGAUGCAGGUCUGGUGUGACCAGAGACACGACCCCGGCGGCUGGACUGUCAUACAACGUCGCAUGGAUGGAUCGGUCAACUUCUUCCGAAACUGGGAGACGUAUAAGCAAGGAUUUGGGAACAUCGAUGGCGAAUACUGGCUUGGUUUGGAGAACAUCUACUGGCUGACCAACCAGGGCAACUAUAAGCUGCUGGUGACGUUGGAGGACUGGUCAGGAAGGAAGACGUUCGCAGAAUACGCCAGCUUCCGGUUGGAGACUGAGGCGGAUUUCUACCGGCUACGGGUGGGCCGUUACCAUGGCAACGCUGGAGAUUCACUCACCUGGCACAACGGGAAACAGUUCACCACCCUGGACAGAGACCACGAUGCGUACACAGGAAACUGUGCCCACUAUCAGAAAGGUGGUUGGUGGUACAACGCCUGCGCCCACUCCAACCUGAACGGCGUGUGGUACCGCGGUGGUCAUUACCGCAGCCGCUAUCAGGAUGGAGUUUACUGGGCCGAGUUCCGUGGAGGAUCUUAUUCCUUGAAGAAGGUCACUAUGAUGAUCCGACCAAAUCCCAACACUUUCCAUUAGAACAUCACAUGAAGGAAAACGCAAGCCUAAUGCAGCAUAACUCAAAAAACGUUGUAAAAAGUGCAAUGUUAAUGUUUUGUUUUUUGUUAAUUAUUGAUUGUUUACUUUGUUACGAAUACAUAAUAUGCAGUCAUACAUAUCCAAAACCAAAAAUGAUGAGUGCAAUGACUUCAUGAAGGAGACACGAGUCUUCAUGGGAUUCUUCCCAAAUGGCAUUGUGGACACUGAAGACCAAGUGAAAAUACUCGAAAAACUGACAAACCUGGCAACGCAGGUUCCACAUGACCUGGAAGCCGAACAGCAUUGUGUGCGUCCUUACAAGUGUGCUUCAAAUGGAGAUAGAGUCUGUUCAUUCUCACUGUAAGAAGUCUAUCCUUGAAGAAUUUUUUUUUUUUUUUUUGAGUUUACAUUAGUGUUAUUAAACAUGACCUGUUAUUUGAACACAUAUACAUUCUCCUUUGAUUUGUCUAUAGCAUUGACUUCCAAUACAGCGUACGCCGCAAUUGUGCCUAGGAUUUCUGGACAUCUUAGACAGUGUUUUUGAUGCAAAAAUUAAAAUUCGGUCAUCAUUUUGGAGGUAAAUCUAGCCUGGUCUUUGUAGAUAAACUGUAGCUUAAGGUAAAAUUGUGAAUUGGUAAAAUCAACAUUUAAUCACAAAUGUAAUGAAAGGUUUGAAAACUUCAAUGACUGGGAAACAUUUAGCAGCAUAAAUGCAAAUCCUCUUUUGUUUUAGAAUUGAUCUUCAAUAAAGGGUACAUUGCAAUUGUGCCUUCAAGUGAACUACAUAGGAUUUUCCAUGCAAAAAAUAAAUGUUGGUCACCAUUUAGAGGUAAAUCUAGCCUAGGCAUUGUGUAUGCAUCUAUUAUCACAUUCACACAAAUGCAAGGCCUCUGCAAAAACCACAAAUGCAAUGUCUGUCUUUUAUAUUAUUGUCUACUUGACUGUUUUAGUGUAACAUUGUGUUGAGCAAUCAUAUGUCCAUGAAUGAUUUCACUCUGGCCCUUUAGACUGAGUGCUGUUUUGAAACCAUUUGUAUAUAGAAACUACGAGUGAGUGUUUUUGUAACGCAAAGUAUGGUUGUGUUGUGUACUUACAGAAUUUUCCAAUAAAUUAUGUACAGCUA